CUUGAGGUAAAAAAAGUCAAACGACUUAUAAUUUGGGAUGGAGGGAGUAGGUUGCUAUUUAUACUAGGUUGAACUUUAGCAUUUCAAGAAGUUGAGUUUGUAAGGUAGGAACCAACGAGAACUAAUUUUCUCAAUUUUAAUUCUUGUGGGGAUUAAAUUACUCAUUCUCGCCCUCUAAAAGAAAAAUUAAACGUGCGAAAUUGAGGAUUUGAACACAUUGCCAUUUCUAAGAGCUCAAGACAGCAGCCGGCGACGAGGCCGAGAGAUGAGAGCACAUGGUGAGAGGAAUCGAGCACAACGGCUAGACAAAGCCAGGUUUAAUGGAAUCCACCCCUGCAUCCUAGAAAGCCUGGGUAAAAACUCCUUAGAGGCGACCAAACUUUGCAUGCUCGGGCCAUCAAGCAAACCCAAAUCAGCUCCAUUGAGCAUGGCCAGAGAAGCAUAGGAACCAAACAAAAAAAAACCCUACUCAACGGCCAACCUGACCCAUCUGGGCCCACGUAUCAGAAGCCCCUAAUUUGAACCGGGCCUAUCUGCUCGCAAAAAUCGCACGGACGCACCCUGCGCUCCUCCUUCUCCCCCAAACUGAAAUCCGCUGCGCGGCGCUCCCCUUGUCUACCUCGCAAAAUCCACAAUGGCUGGCGGUUCGCUCGAGCCAGGGCAAACUGGAGCCGCGCCCAACCAGCGCAAGCGCAAGGCUCCGGCCUCCGCCGCAGCCGCUGAGGACGACGCGGAGGCGGAGGAGCUGGAGAGAGAGGUCGCCGAUCUGGACCGCCGCAUCCUCGAGCACCUCCGCGGCACCGCCACCCGCCUCUCUGACGCUGUCGCCUCCCGUGUCGCCGCGCUCCGCUCGCUCGACCGGCUGGAAGUUGCAGUUCUCUCGGAAACAUUAGUUGCUGAAGAUGACCAGGUGCUUGAGAAAGUAAACAUGCUCAAAUCUAAGAUUGAAGCUAAUGUUGCAGAUCUGCCGAAGGUACUUAAAAAAGUAAAUGAAACCAUUGCUCGGUGUGAGAAGUCAAUGAAUCAGAAUGGUAAUGUCAAUCCUUUGUGUGAAAUGAAGCUGUAGAGUUUGACACGUCGUGGUGUGAACUGUGGUGGGAGGCUGGAGCUCCCCUAUGUGUAAAGGCCAAAGGCCAUCCCCUGCCCAUGUAAACUCUACAAUUCCAUGCCUAAUGCACGGAUGCAUGUCCGACUCAGCUAGGAUGUAGGGCUUUUACCCUAAAACAGGGGCAUGAACCUAGUAAUCCGCUAUGUGUGUGUGCUCCUUUGAGCAAUAUUUCGCCCUUUGA